AUGGCAGCGUUUCUUCAGUCCGCAUCAUGCGUCGGCUUCGCCGCGAAUCAGCUCAGCGGCCAGAAGCUCUCAGCGCUCUCGUCGAACGCGUCGUCUACGCAGCUGCGACGGCCGAUGCCAGUGGUGGAGGCAACGGCAGCGCCGGCAGCUGUCGCACAGAAGGCGUCUGCGAAGAAGGGCGACGUCGCACGAGUCGGAGUGCUCGGAGCAAGCGGAUACACUGGCGCUGAGAUCGUUCGUCUGCUGGCAGUGCAUCCCUCACUGCAAGUCACUCUCAUGACGGCGGAUCGCAAGGCCGGGUUGCCUCUCUCCUCCGUCUUCCCUCACCUCAUCUCCCAGGUCGAUCUGCCCAACAUGGUCGCCGUGAAAGAUGCGGAUUUCUCCCAGGUGGACGCUGUCUUCUGCUGCCUGCCCCACGGCACCACUCAGGAAAUCAUUGCAGCUCUGCCUGAGCUCCUGAAGAUUGUGGACCUGUCUGCUGAUUUCCGGCUGAGGGACGUGAACGAGUAUGCACAGUGGUAUGGGGGCGAGCACAGGGCGCCCAAGCUGCAGGAAGAGGCCGUGUAUGGGUUGACUGAGAUCUACAGAGACGCAGUGAAGGCCGCUCGCCUGGUGGCCAAUCCAGGAUGCUAUCCCACGUCAGUCCAGCUGCCGCUCAUCCCGCUUCUUCAGUCGAAGCUCAUUCUGCCGGACGGCAUUAUCAUUGACGCAAAGUCAGGAGUGAGUGGAGCAGGCCGGGGAGCCAAGGAGGCGAACCUGUACACUGAGGUGGCGGAGGGCAUUCACGCAUACGGCGUUACGAACCACAGGCACGUGCCUGAGAUUGAGCAGGGUCUGAAAGAGUUUGCCGGGGGAGCAGAUGUGACUGUCAGCUUCACUCCUCACCUUAUGCCCAUGUCACGUGGCAUGCUGUCAACCAUCUAUGUCCAAAUGGCACCUGGGGCAACAGUGGACGACCUGAGAGAACACCUGACCAGCAGAUACCAGGAUGAGGAGUUCGUGGUGGUGCUGCCCAAGGGGAUUGUGCCGCACACACGCCAUGUGAGGGGCUCCAACUACUGCCUCGUCAAUGUCUUCUCGGAUCGCAUUCCCGGCCGUGCAAUCAUCACCUCUGUUAUUGACAAUCUGGUGAAGGGAGCGUCUGGCCAAGCUCUUCAGAAUCUCAACAUCAUGCUGGGACUUCCAGAGACGGAAGCCCCCCGCGUGCUCCUCCCCAAGCCUCGCGACACCGUCGCCAUCAACCGCCUCGCGAUCCUCCUCAUGUGGUUACCCGUUUUCGCCAUCCUGCUCGUGAUCCUCGGGGGAGCGUCCGAGCGUCUCCCCGUGUGGGACACGGGCCUGCUUGAUGACGUGGACGAGCAGCUGACGCGGCGAGCUCUCGCGCAGCUGGAGAAGGAUGCUGAGCUGGCAGCUGCUGGGAGGACGGAUGUCGUGCCUCCUAAGAUCGCGUUCCUGUUCAUCGUGCGAGGCCCGCUGCCGCUCGCACCUGUAUGGGAGCGAUUCUUCAAAGGCCACCAGGGCAAGUACUCCGUGCACGUGCAUGUGUCAACGCCCAACUUCACUCUGGAUGACGUGGUGGACUCGCCUAGCUUCAAGGGCACUCAGGUGCCAGGAGUGCGGAUCUCAUGGGGCGGGCCGAACCUGAUCCGUGCAGAGAAGCGGCUCUUGGCUGCUGCCCUUGAGGAUCCGGGCAACCAGCGAUUCGUGCUCGUGUCCGACAAGUGUCUCCCCAUCUUCAACUUCACCUACGUGUGGGACUAUCUCUUUGCCACCAACGUCAGCUUCAUCACCAGCUAUGAGAGCGGGUGGCGGUGGGUGUUCACCAUGGCUCCAACGAUCAAACGCCACCAGUUCAGAAAGGGAUCGCAGUGGUUUGCACUGACACGCGCCCAUGCAGCCCUCAUUGUGAGGGACCGAAAGUACUAUGACCUUUUUUUGGAAACCUUCUCUGAGAUCCCUGAUGAAAGCUACAUCCAAACAGUCCUUGCGAUUGAGGACCCUGAGAACGUCGACACUCGAAGUGUGUUGUAUGUGCACUGGGGAGGGGCAAUUUCACGGCACCCGGCUUCGUACACCGUGGAAGAAAUAAAUCCUAAUUUUAUUCGCAAAAUACAGCAAGACUACAUGGUGCCAGCAGAGACCAUAUACACGCUGACCUUAUCUGGGAAGCCGCUCCUAACCGUUCUCAAGCACUGCUUGAGCGAUAACCUUCGCAGUUUUCAUUUCGAAGGCGGUAUUCCGGUUGCGAUCUUGGACGUGAUGGCGGAGGUCGAGGGAAAGCGCGUCAUCACUGUGGAUGACAUCAAGACGGUGCCGAUGGAUUUCCGGUUCCCCACAGCCAACCAGGCGAAGCACUGCUUCACCUGCUACAACGAGUUCCACAAGUGCAUUGCUGAGAAGGGCGAGGGCGCCUCAGAGUGCCAGAAGUUUGCCAAGGCCUACCGGACAUUGUGCCCUGCUGAGUGGAUUGACAAGUGGAACGAGGAAAGGCAACAGGUCAUCGAUCUCUUUUCCCAUGUCAGGCACCGACCACCAGGACCAAAACUGCACAAAUGUAUAUCGGCGCCUGCGUUCCACGAUCUCAAUCAGGCUUUCCCUACCCUUUUCAAGAAAUCUAUCGCUGACAUCCUCUCCGUCCUAGGCUUUUUGCGGAAAGGAAGCACAGUGUCACUGAUUGGCGGAGUAGGGUCAGGAGCGAUUCUCUGUUUGGUAGCAGCAAUCCAGCUGAAGCUGUUCAAGCAGCGGAAAAACUCGUUCGCAGCCAUUUUCGUCCAACUAGCCAUCGGUGGCGCGUUGACUUACGUUCUUGGCGACCGAUAUAUGACCACCCAGAAGAUCUUCCCAGCUGGAGUCGUUGCUGGGUUAAGUGCCAUUAUGACCCUGUUCUACGCCUUCAAGCUACUGACUGGUGGCAAUCACUUCAAAAAAGAGGCCGCCUCCUAA